GACAAACUAUAAAAAUUUGAACAAAGAGAAUAAAAUUUAAAAAAAUUAUAUUCUCAAAAACAGAUGAAGUAUUAAGAGAAUAACGUAUAAUGUUUUAUCAUUUUUUAUAAUACAAGAAGCUAAUAAAAUUUUAUAAUUAAAAAUAUGUAUUAUAAAUAUGUCCGUAACAUAUGAUUACAUUAGACGUACAUUGAUUGUAAUUGUGUGAAAUUGUCACCAGAGGCUCGAUUCUUGAAUGUAUUCGUAAGAGAAACGUAUUCGCAAAUUCUCUUCUUACAGAAAAGUUGGAAAUUUAUUAACUAUCACAUGGCUUUUAACCAAUAAACUUGCAACUUUUCUUUAGAGCGGGUAUUUGCGCAUACGUUUCUCUUGCGAAUAAAUUCAAGAAUCGAGCCCCAGGUGCGUUGCUCCAUCGAAAUUCUUAGAAACACUAAUUAGAGACUGACCACUACAAAAUUCUAUGAGAAAAUCCUUGCAUAAUGCUAGACAACAAGCAGUAGGAACAAGGAAAUAAAGAAAAAGAGAGGACGAUUCCUAUUGCCUAUUGCCUGACAUUGCACAAGGGCCUAAAGAUACAUUAUUACAAGUCCGUGAUAAACCAUAUUUAUUUUUACAACACUGUCGAUAAAAUCGGAAAUGGAUGUGAUUCGACCAAAUUUGUACUAAAAUUACAUGGUGGGGCAGAGAUAGAUCUGUAACCACAGUCUGUAACGUCGUUUGCCCGGAAUGACGAAAACUUUCUCACAGAAAGUACAAACUGCAAGUAAGAAUACUGUCUCUUUAUAUUUAUUAUCAACUGCAUAAACAGUACUCUGACUAAGAGUGAUUCAGGUAUGUAUGUCACGGAUUUUGAAAGUUCGAUAUUAAGAUAUAGAAUUUGGAUGUGAAAGUAAUAUGAUGAGUCAAAGAAUUGGAUGAAGUUUUUCUUUCUUUACUUAUCGAAAAAUUUAAUAAUACAGUUUUUUUUCUUCAAUAUUUAUUUUUUUCUUUUUGUGUUCUUAAUUUGUUUUGUAGUGUUACAAAACAAAAAUAUACUUAAAUGUAUUUAUUCGUUUAAACAAUAAAAAUACAUUGAAAUAAAUUGUUGUUUAAUAAGAACUACGAACUCGGCGGUUAGAAAAGAUUAUUCUGGAAAAAGCAGCCGUUAGAAAGAAUAUUUUGGAGUACGUUUUAUUCAUAACACACAUUUUGUCCUCUACAGAGAAAACAAAGAGAACAUUAUCCACUUGAAGACCUACUUCUUUUACAUUUAGAAAUAAAAUUUCUGAAUCCAUGGCCAGUUUAUCGCCUAAUAAACGUGUGGAAGAGCGAUAUAACAAUAUAAUAAAAUCAAAAAAUGACGACCGAUUAUACAGGGGUUUAGUUCUCACUAACAAAAUGAAAGUUCUUUUAAUAAGCGAUCCAACAACUAUCAAGAGUGCUGCUGCAAUAGACAUUAGUGCCGGUUCCAUAUGUGAUCCCGACUAUCUCCCCGGAUUAGCGCACUUGUGCGAGCACAUGUUACCGUUAGGAACAAAGAAAUAUCCUGAGCAGAAUGAAUACGGAACGUAUUUGUCACGGAAUGGCGGUACGAGUAAUGCAUUGACUGGCACAUAUAACGCCACGUUCUUCUUCGAUAUAUCUUCAGAGAAGUUAGAAGGCGCUUUGGAUCGCCUUGCGCAAUUUUUUAUAGCUCCUCUCUUCACGGAAACUUUGGUCGAAUUGGAACUAAAUGCCAUUAAUUCGGAAUACGAAAAAGAUUUAGUAAAUGAUGAAUAUCGACUUAAUCAUGUGGAUAAAAUAUUUGCGAGACCAGAUCAUCCGUUGUCAAAAUUUACCAUGGGAAAUAGAGAAACAUUAGACAUAAUACCUAAACAGAGGGGCAUUAAUGUUAGAAAUGAGCUAUUGAAGUUUCAUAAAGAGUAUUAUUCUGCAAAUAUUAUGGCACUUUGUAUCCUUGGCAAAGAAAGUUUAGAUGAACUUGAAGAAAUAGUAGUAGAUCUUUUUUCUGAAGUACAAGACAAAGAAAUUAAAUUUCCAACAUGGCCUGAACAUCCAUUCGAUGAAAAACAUUUUCACACUAUACGGUACAUUGUUCCCAUAAGGGAUGUGCGAUAUUUAGAAAUUACGUUUCUUAUAUCUGAUGUGUGGAAACAUCACCUAUCUUUGUUCCCGUACGUUUCUCAUAUAUUUGAACAUGAAGGAAAAGGUUCACUAUUAUCAACUUUAAAGGCCAGAGGUUGGUGUAACUCUUUAAUAUCUCACAUAAUUUAUGGUUUUAUCAUUGCUUUUUAUUUAACCGAAGAAGGUAUUAAACAUAUCGAGAAUAUUGUUCAGCUGAUGUUCCAGUAUAUCAAUAUGAUUUAUUUGAAGGGCCCAAUUAAAGAGAUCUAUGAUAUAUAUAGUCUUACUGUACAGAAAAAAUUUGAAUUCAAAGAAAAGUCUUUGCCUCUUGAUUAUGUGCGUUUUACGGUCGAAGCACUACAAAAAUGUCCCAUCAACAAUGUUUUGUAUGCAAGAUAUAUUUUGACUGAGUGGCAACCGGACUUGAUCAACGAAAUAAUAAAAACCUUGACGCCGCAAAAUAUCAUUAGCAUUUGUGUAGCCGCAAAAGCCUACGAACCUACAGCGAAUAAAACCGAAAGAUGGUUCGGCACUAAAUAUAAGGAAGAAAAGUUAUCCAAGGAAACGAUGGACAUGUGGAUUAACGCUGGCUAUAACGAAGAUCUGAAAUUACCUUACAAGAAUAAAUAUAUACCCACUACGAUUAAUAUUAACUCACAAAUUAAUAAUAAUGUAGGAAAAUUUCCUAUUAUUUUGAAGGAUACAUCGUUCAUAAGACUUUGGUAUAAAAAGGACGAUGAAUUUCUCGUACCAAAAACAGAAAUGAUGUUCCAUUUUGUCAGCCCAUUCGCUAAUAUAAGCCCUCUUAAUUGUAAUUUAACUUAUAUGUUUGUUCAACUUUUGCAAGAUUCUCUUAACGAAGAUAUACAUGCUGCUGCAUUAGCUGGUUUAGAAUCGAAACUUUCCUGUUGUAAUUCUGGAAUAUUACUUACUAUAGGCGGUUAUGAUGACAAACAGUAUCUGCUGUUGACAAACAUCGUGAAUCGAAUGAUAAAUUUUAAGACUGAUCCAAAGAGAUUUGAAAUCCUAAAAGAAAAUUAUAUUAGGGAAUUGAAAAAUUGGGCUACUAAAUCGUUACAUGAAUAUAUAUCCGUCUAUCUCUUUAAUCUAUUGGUACAACAUUCUUUGCUCGAAGAAGAAUUAUUGGAAUAUACUGCUCAUCUAAGUGUCGAUAGACUCCAACAGUUCAUACCGCAGUUUUUUAGUAAUAUGUAUGUGGAGUGCUUAAUAUAUGGCAACGUAACUGUAAAAGAAGCUAUAAAUAUAGUUAGCCUAAUUGAAUCUAUGUUGACAGCUAGAAUGUCUCAUCUAAUACCUUUACAAAAGCAAUUAACAUUGAAUCGUGAAAUUAAACUAGACAAUGGCAAGUGUAUAACAUAAUAAAAUCUCAUUUAUAAUUAUUUUAAUAAAAUCAUUUUCAUUAAAAUUAAUAUGCUUAAUAAAUUUAAU